AUGGCUUUACAUGAAGCUUUAAUAGCUUUACAAACUGGAUGUAGUGGUUUAUUAACAUUAAAACAAGAUGAUCCUUAUUUUAAAAAACGUCUUCCAACAAUUCCAUAUGUUCAUCAAGGUGAAUUAGAAAUUUUAGAUCGACUUACACAACUUGGUCAACAUUAUCGUACACUUGAUGAAUAUAUUCAAAAUAUUUUUAAAGAUAAAAAAAGUGGUUUAUAUAUAUUAAGUUUUGCUUUUGAAUUACGUUCAAUUCUUCAAACAUAUCUUAAUUGUUUAAAACAACUUGAACAUGAAUGUCUUAUUGAUACAUCAUUAACAUUAUCACAUCUUUUAAUAUCAUUAACUGAUUAUAAUCUUUUAUUUCCUUCACUUGUUUCAUUAAUAAAUAAACUUCAAACAAAUGGUUAUCGUGGUUGUCAAAUUCUUGAUAUUAUACGUCGUUAUACAUUAGAUGGUAAUAUAAUACUUUCAUCAACAAUGAAAAAAUUAUUAUGUUCAUGUCAUAA